CAAAAGAAUGAAUGAGGAUGGCUAAUUUUACUCUCCUCCUUGUGGAUGUCUACCAGCUUCACUGUAGAAAGUUAUGCAACACCACCAGAUCACACGUGAGAACAAAAAACAGAUGUGGUACCUUGAGAGAAAAUUGUUUUAAAAUAGAGAUCAGUGGUGGUGUUGAGAUGGAAUAUAGUAGAAAGUAUAGAAAAACUGGACUGGAUCAUGGGUAGUUCAGAAAUGCUGACCAGUAAGGAGGACAGCGAUCCCUGCCCUCCGCUUCUCCCCCCAAGGCUUCCUAUCCGACAGCGUCAUUACGUCACUCUGCAUCCGAACCUAGACCAGUCGCAGCCAUUUUGCUCCGCGAAAUAAACUUCAAUCUCACAGCUAGAGGAAAAAACAACAUACAGAACAUAGUUCGGCAGACAUUAAUGGAUAUCUCGUUGUGACCCAGUGUUCGGACAGAUUCGGCUUUCAAGUCUUCGCAAUUCGGUAGCAGCGAGACAUAACUAAAGGGACGGUGACCCAUACCCCUGUUGCUUGCCUGGGACACUCCCCAAUCGCCUCCUGAGGCAGGAUGGAGCCCCAGGCUUCUCAGGGGCAGCCAGGAGCAGAGGGGGACUGUGGGAUGUUGAGUCUGCUGUUGCCCAGUCCCCAGAGUGAGGCGGUGACCCACGAGAUGGAGGAGCUGUCGCUGCAGCCCACACAGAAUCUGCCUCCACUCAAUGAACGCAAAAAUGUCCUGCAGUUGAGGCUUCAGCAAAGGCGAACCCGGGAACAGCUGGUGGAGCAGGGCAUCAUGCCACCUCUGAAGAGCCCAGCAGCCUUCCAUGGGCAGAUUCGCAGCUUAGAGAGAGCCAGGACUGAGAAUUUCCUCAAGCACAAGAUCCGCAGUCGGCCAGAGAGAGCAGAGCUGGUCAGGAUGCACAUCCUGCAAGAGACUGGAGCCGAACCCUCACUACAGGCCACCCAGAUGAGACUAAAGAGGGCCCGGCUUGCCGACAACCUGAACGAGAAGAUCGCCCAGAGACCCGGCCCUAUAGAGCUGAUAAAGAAAAACAUCCUGCCGGUGGAUUCCAACCUUAAACAGGCCAUCAUCGUGGGCCAGGUGAAUUAUCACCAGGUGUUGGAUGAGGACAGCAGCGAUGCCCUGUCCCCAGAGCAGCCGGCCAGCCAGGAGUCUCAGAGUUCUGUCCCCUCUCCCGUGGAGAGCAAAGUGCCAGAGACGCCCUCUCCAGCCCAAGCACCGCCACCACCACCACUACCCACCACCAUACUGCAGGCCUUCCCAGUUGCUACACAAGCAACAACAGACUUUGUGAAAGUGAUCUCUACCAAUGAGCUGCCUGCCAGCCGCCCAGCUGUCACUCUCGCGCAACCAGUCUCCACAGCUGCUCCUUCAAAACCAGCCCCAACACUGGUGAAACAAAGCCAACAAAGGUCGCCCUCAGAGAAGAGCCGCAGUAAGAAGGGCAAAGAGCCGAAGUCCAGGGUGAAAAAGCUCAAGUACCACCAGUAUGUUCCCCCAGACCAGAAGCAGGAGGCCAGUGAAGCACCCAUGGACUCCUCUUAUGCCCGACUACUGCAGCAACAGCAGCUGUUCCUCCAGUUGCAGAUCAUCAGCCAGCAACAGCAGCACUACAACUACCAGACUAUAUUACCAGCACCACUCAAACCUGUGGCUGAGGGUCAGAGCAGCAACGCCAGCAGCCUGCCAACCUCCAUCAUGGUGUCUUUGCCCACUGCACCUCCACCUCCCCCUGUGCCUUCGGCCUCGGCUCGCCCAAACAACUUGCUCUCGAACCGCAAGCCAGGAGUCUUGCCUGCCAACCUGGAGGAGAUGAAGGUGGCUGAGCUAAAACUGGAGUUAAAGCUGCGUGGCCUCCCUGUGUCAGGAACAAAGACUGAUCUGAUAGAAAGACUGAAGCCUUUCCAGGACAAUCCCAGCACCUCUGCUCCUACCACCAUUCAUGCCCCUACCAUUACCACACUCUCCUCCGUCCCCAUGGAGGUCACCUCCAACGCUACCACCCCUGCUAUAGUCCUCCCAGUCCAACAGGUGGCUCCAGAGAACAUGAACUCCACGCCACCGGUCUCACCCAUUCCAGCUGAUCCCUCCACCCUCCAACAGGAUGUAGGCAUGUCUGAGGCUCCUUCUGAAACACAAAUGAUGAACUCUGUCUGGGCAGGUCCACGGUCCUCACCUCUCUCAUCUUUCCAAGUCCCAGAGGAAAAGGACAGGAGGCUCCAUGAGAAGGAGCGGCAGAUAGAAGAGUUGAUGAGGAAGCUGGAGCAGGAGCAGAGGCUGGUGGAGGAGCUGAAGAUGCAGCUGGAGGUGGAGAAGAGGGCCAGCACCGCUGACUCUGCCUCUGUAUCUCCCAAACUCCCCUCUGUACCUGCCAUGAAUCCUGCUCCUACUGUCCUGAACUCAAAUGUAGUAAAAAUGGAGGGUACAGUCCUGUCAAACUGUUCAUCCACUCCCGCUACAAUCCCUAACUCUAUCCUGGGCUCCCAGGCUCUCUCCCCCCAGCCGACAGUGGUCAAGUUGGAGGAUGUGACUGUUUCUUCUGGCAAGCCACUCCAGCUCCAGACCCAAACACAGCUCAUCACCCAGAUCCAAACCCAAGCCCAGCCCCAAGUAACCGCCAGCCCACAGCUACUCCCCCAGUCACAGAGAAGUCCCAAACUCCAGACCCAGCCCCAGUCCCAACCCACAACCCCCAGCCUGCAGCAGUUCUUCAUCAGCCACUCAGGUGGGGUGUCCCAGAUGCUGGGUCAGCCUCAGACCUUGUUAACCACAUCUGUUCAACCUCAGACUCUGCUGACCAGGACUGGCCAGGCUGGAACUCAGAUCCUCCUCCCAGUCUCACUACCCAACAAUGCUACUGCAAUCCAGCUGCCAAGCACCACUGUCAGCCUGCAGCCUGUUCUUCAGGCCACGGUCUCAAAUCCAGGCCUGGUCCAGGCCUCAGUUCCUCAGCUGCAAACCACUAAGAUGGAGACGGCACCCAGCCAGCAGUUAGCCAACCGCAACCAAUUGCUACAGACUCUGACUAUGUGCAAUAACACCAUUGGUUUGGAGAACCAGACUAGACCUGAGAUGAACACCCAGUGUUUCCUGAGAAGCUCCCCAGAGAACAGGGUCUCUCCACAGGCUUCACCCAACCACCACAUCUCCAACGGACCAUUCAAUAAGCCCACCUUCAUCCUUCAGCCCACCUCCCUUGUUACUCAGCCUCCCAAGACAAGAGAGCCUCCCCGCUAUGAGGAGGCCGUGAAACAGAGCCGCAACUUGCACGUCAACAAUGUUUCACAGGUUCCCACGGCAACCAGCCAGCAAAUGGAUGACUUGUUCGACAUUCUCAUAGAGAGUGGUGAAAUCACUCCAUUUAUCCAGCAGGACCCUUCGGUGUCUCUCACUAAGACCGUCCCAGUCACAGCAAACAUCACCACCCUGCCGGUCAGCACAGCUCUCUCCAGGCCGCCUCCACAGAUCCAGGUGGCCCCUCCACCUAUCCUGAGCCCCCUCAUUGGCCACAGCCUUCCCAGCCUCUCCUCGCUGGCCACAGACAAUCAGCUGGAGGCUUUUCUGGAGCGAACACUGGCUGAUACGUCGCCAGUGUCAGAUCCGCGCACACAGGGCCUGAUGGAGGAGCUGCAGGCCCAGCUGAUGGAACAGCAACCCUACUCGCCGAUGGACACAUCAGACCUGUCCUUCUGUGAUUCCUCUUCGCCCCCCUCCUCGCUCAACAUGGGCCUGUCUGACCCAGGCCUGGACAAUAUGGAGUGGCUGGACCUCACCAUGCCACCAGGUCCUGCUGGGGCACUCACACCACUGGGGAUCCCAACGGACUUCCUGGAUACACAUGACCUGCAGUUGCACUGGGACUGACGGAGAGAUGGAUGAAAGAAAAAGAAAGAUUGAGUCAAGGGAGUUGGCAGAGCAGCUGAGCCAGGAGUGAGAGAUGGAUGGAUGAAGAGAAGAAGAAAGUCAGCCACAAAUAGGCUGAGUUUCAACAUUUUAAAUAAGGACGCAAAAGGAGGAGAAAACAUGGCUUUUUGUGCCAUAUCACUCUUACCAGUACAUCCAUACCAUCUGUAAUAUUCCCACUAUACUACAGUAAGAGAUGCUGUACAGUAGUGCACUGAUUCAAGUUGAACUACAAGCAGGAGUUUGCACAGCUUUAAAAGAGGGCCUAUUAUGGCUGAACAGCCAGAAUAAUGUCAUCACUAAGGUGAUCAUGGUCACCCGUAGAAUUAGUGAUAAAGGGAACAGACUAGACUUUUUUAGUAUCUGAUGUCAUGAUUUUAAUGAUCAUUUACAGAGAUGAGGAGACAGAGCCAAAUGAAUACUGGUAGCAUGGACUGUUUGUAAAAAAAAUCUUUAAACCACACUAAUACAGCUUUCUCUCUACAGAGAGCCUGAAUAGAAUUGAUUGCUGAUAUUGCCGGAUUAUUUCUACUGGAGGUUUGGCUGGUUGGCUUUCAGUGUGAACACUGCUUCUAUUUUACUGUGUAAGCACGGUAACUAAAUGUAAAAGGGUUCAUAAAUACUUCCGGCGGUAGUCUGAUGUGAAGGUCUUUGUUCCACUGAAGCAUACUGUGCCAUACUAGGUUAUAAAAGCUGGUCGUUAAAACACAGUAACUGUGUGACAGUUCAAAGACUACAGAUUAAAACUAGGUGUAAUUAAAAUAAUGAAGGGGGAUUAGACUCUCAAUAAGAAUUUGAGGCUUGACCUGGAACAUCAGAGCUUUAUGAUGUCAGUACAGCCUCAGCUAUUGACCACUUCGCCUGGGAAAGCUUAGACUAAACUAGUCUAAGUGCUUUGAUUGGUUGCUUCAGCCUGUCUGAGAUGCUGGACAGUCAAAUCCGUGUUCCCUUUAUGACUCGAAGCCAGACGUGUCAGUCACCUAGCCAAGUUUUAAAGAGAUUCCUGGCUGAGAGGAGGUCAAACCCCUGUUCACACUGGUCCAGUCUACCACAUACUGUAGAUGACAUGUUUGCUGACUAAUCUGAUAUGUUGUAUCAGAUGUGACUCUUCUGACCUAUCACGACCCUCCGGUCAAGCUGAUGAACCAAUGACUCGACUUCAGUCGGACGACGAGAGGAGCAAGCUCCUCCAUCUAUGUGAGCGCUAUGCACUAGAGGCAGAGAGAUCUGAAGAUGCGCCUCAUUCACCUCAGAACAAGGAAAUGUGAACUCUGCAUAUCCAAGAUGAUCGGUAGUAUGAAGUGAUCAAUACGGCUGUGAUCGGCAUGUGGCCAAAUGCUCCAGAGAUACUGCAGUUGUUGUCCAAGUAUCUUAUUUUGAAUGUAAUUUUGAAAAGAUUGAAAAAUGGGACUUUACUAGCAAAUUUGGCAGCUUUUUUUUCUUCUGAUAGUAAACUGACAUAAAACAGUGGAAAGGGAACAAAUAUGAGUUUAUGACAUGCAGACACACAUCCAUAAUAGAUGUGAACUGUGUGUGUGCUGCAAGUUCUAUCAAGGAAUAAAGAUGUCUUUGGAGAAGAUGAAAUUAUAGCUAGCUGUCCUACAGUAUCCCUGCACUUUGUCCUUGUCUGUAUGUGUGUGUGUGUGUGUGUGUUUCAGGGUGGGAAAUUACUGCAUCACUAGCCAACAAGUGUGCUAGUUAGCAAUAGCCUGUAGCUGAUAAGUUAGUCUGCUUUAACAGCCCAUUUAUCGAGUGAAUCAUUUGGAGGAAUCGGAAUAUUCUAAAGUAAUAUUUGGCUGGUAAAUAGUCUAACUUGUGAUGCAUCAGCUACUGUGGACAAAGUUAGUUCCCUGACCAACUGUGUGUGUGUGUGUGAGAGAGAAGCAAUGUUGAUGUGUGUGUGUGUGUGUGUGUGUGUGGGUUAGUCUUCCUGUCUUUUGCAUGUACACCCGUGUCCCAGUGUGCACGAUUGUAUUCACAUUUAAUCUUGGGCCGUUUCGGGCUCUUUCUCAGCCGUCGCCCACAAGUUGUCUGAAGAAAUUUGCUAAUAUCUGUAAAGUCAAAUCAUUUGCUAUCCAGUCAACAUAUUCCAGACGUAACUCUUCAAAAGGCUUCUGAUGACUGUUAACUGUUUUUAUCUGUGUUGUUCAGUCGGUGUCCUACAGUCAAAAACGCACCUUUGAGGUGUGAUACACAGCGAGGCGUUAGUGAAGAGGGCUUAGCUACUUUUAAAGCCGUCAUAAAUUCCAGAUGUUUAUUUUUAAUGGAUUGCAUCAUAUCCCACUCACUGUUCCUUUUCAAACCUAAAAAUUGAGUUACUGAUUCAGUAUCAGUAUUCAGUCUAAAUAUUCUUUUGGGAUUGAUACAGUCUUACUGUAUGGCACUUUGAAAUAAGAUUGCUUUUUUAAUUGUCUUUUGUUUUUUUAAUCAAUCAUGUCCAGUGAAUCACAUUUACAGAACAUUUGAACCACUUUAUUCUGUCAUUGCGUCCAUGGACACUAGAGGGCGUUGCCUCUCCUCUGUUGCUUCACGGCACAUUUUCAGUUUUAACUGUUGGUACUACAGGGUCACUGCCUGUAUAAUGCUGAUUUGCUGUUCGCUGUUCACAUCAGCAAUAAUGUGGUGGCCUGAGCAAACUGACUGAGAGCCCUUUAUAUCAACGCUGUCUUGUCAAAGAAGUGUGAUGCUCUUAUUGCUGCACAUUUAAUAUCAGAUCAGGCCGAGACACGUUUCUUUCUACAAACAAACACAUGUUAAACCAUCUGUUUAAGCCCCAUUCAGAGAUGGCGUCAUUCUCCUGGUCGCCUCUGCUUCGUGCACCUUUGGUUGAGUUGCGUCGGGGUGCUUGGACCCCGGUAUACCUGCUUGCAGGUCUAGUUGUAUUUCUUUUUUUCCACAUUGUGUUAAAUCCUACAUUGGAUGAACAGUAAGAAUCACUAGUUGAUUGUAUCCUAGAAGAGAUGACGAGUUAAUAUUCUGCUUUUUCUUCAGUCUGUCAGCUUUUAAGGCUGUCAAAUUUGAUAUUUUGUUGCCAAAAAGGCGGUGGAACAUAUUAUCACAUUUUGUUAAUUUUCUCACAUUUUUGUAUUUAGCACUUUUUUUUUUUUAGGGUGAACAGUAAAAGAAAAACCAUUUAAUCUUGUUUCCAUUCUUAUGUAAAAUAUGUAAAAGAUUCCAUGUGUAUAUUUUUGGUUUGAGUUUUUCCAUUUUGUUUUUUCAUAUCAGACAUACACAAACCUCUUGGCUGCAGUGUUUAGGGGUCUACACAUGUAUGCGAUUUACGCUCGAUGUGACGCCACUUAUUGGCAAUUGUGGUUGCUGACUGGCCAGACAGGGACAGCUAAAAGCAAUAAUGGCUGCUCUCCCUUGAUAUACUGUACUUACUAUACUGUACUGUAUGUCAGAUCCUGCCUUGAUUUUAUUAAUGGAAGAGCUUUUACUGCAGAGUAAUACAGUUUAUAAGUUCAAAAGCACUUCAUAUCUGAGUGGUUAAGUGGGGGGUUUGUUUGAAUAACCCUCUUAUAUUAGAGGUUUGUGGAAGCACUGUCAAGUCACUUUCAUAGUUGCAGUUAACCGGUUUUGGCUCAGGCUUCCCCAUAUUCACGUCAGCUCUCCUGCUUGUCCUCCUUCACCUGCGCCGUUUACCAUCAUGUAAACAUUUUACAUUUUUUGGCAGAGAAGCUGAACUUCAGAACAGAGCUCUGUACAAGACUUUUCAUUAAAAUAGAUGUAUUUUGGAGACAUUAGUGGAAACACAGUUGAUUUACAUCCUUCAUUGUAGCCAAGUCUCCUCUCUAUCCCCACUGCCCAUGCCAUGCCAUGCCUCUUGCUGUUUGUAUGCCAUAUGUUUUGCACAUUGUGUACAUAUUUAUAUAGAUGUAAUGCAUAUUUUUAUACAUGUGUAACAUCCAUGGGUUCUCUAUUUUGUAAAUACUCCAAAAUAUGUAUAUAAGUACUGUAUGCCUUUAUGUGUCAAUAAACUUUGGUGUACUGUGAA